AUGCAAAUAAAUAAUCAAUCAACAAUUGAUGAAGAAAAAUAUGAUAAUUUAAAUCGAAUGAAUACAAGUCAAAAUGAUGUUUAUAUGAAUAAUACCGACAAAAUAGAUUGGGAUAAUGGUAUUGAUUUUGGCAAUAUGGUUGCAAUUAAAAAGAAAGAAAAACCACUACAAGAACAAAUUUUAUCUCAAAAAUUCACUCAACUAUCUAUCGUAAGAAAUACUGAACAGCCAGUUACAAUUAAAAACAUUAUAGAUGAAAUCGAUAAAAUCCCAAACUUUUUAUCAAAACGAAAUAAAUCUUUUAAAGCAAUCAUCAAUCAAGCUUUAUCAAUAACAACAAUAAUAAGAACAAAUGAAAUGAUAGAGCAAUUACGUCAAAUGGGCAUUUUGAUAUAUAAAACAAUAUUUAUACGAACUCAUCAUAGUUUAUGGUUGACUUAUUUUAAGUCAGGCACAGGUAGAUUGAUUAUUCAAGCAAAAGAACAAUUAAAUUAUUCAACAAAUUUACCUGUAUGGCCAAAAGAAAUCAAUGCAUUAGCACAAAAACCGACACAUAUAAAUAAGGAAAAUGAAAAUGAGUUUUAUAUGAAUUUUGUCAAUAAGCAUUUACGUAUACUUGAUAAUCAAUUAAAAGAAUAUGAAUGUGAAUUAAAUAAGAGAAUCACUAGUAUUCCUGGCAAUUCAUUACAGGUUCAACAUUUAAUUGAAACAUAUGUUGAACAAAAUCUCUCUUCACUACGUAUGGAAAUAGAACAUAAAAUUCAACUUAUUCAUUACGAUUAUCAUAUUCAAGCAUUAAAAUUAGAAUAUUAUCGCCAUGAUCCAAAUGUAUAUCAAAAGAAUUUAAUGAAAAUGCUUUGUUGUAGUAAAUAUGAACAAGAACUUACAAAACAAGAAUUUGAUUUACUUCAACAACAAAUUAAUUAUUACAAUUCACCGUGUCAAUCAUUUGAAUGUUCAUCUCUAUCACAAUCAGAAUUAAUUUAUUCGAUUCAAGACACAAAUAUUCGACAAGAAUUAUUCAAUCAAUACAAGAAAAUCGCUGUACAAUCAAGAUUAGAUAUAUUCAACCUCUAUAUGAAGUCAGCAAAAAUUCAAAUGGAUGAAUGUAAUAAGAAAUUCGAUACUGAUAUGAAAAAACUGAAGCAUGACCGUCAAUCAUCUUGUGAUAAUGAAAAAAUAUCACCAGUUAUGAUCGAUCUUAUCGAACAACGUUGUAAUAAAAUAGGUGAUCGUAUUAGAUGUACAUAUAUAUUUAAAGGAAAAUCUAUUUGUGUUAAACAUAACUAA